CGCCCACCCACUUUUCGCCUUUCCCCCAGUGACUAAUGCAAGGAUGGCCAGGAGACCUAGGCACAGCAUAUACAGCAGCGAUGAUGAAGAUGAAGAUAUUGAGGUCUAUGAUCACGACUAUGACAGUCUGGUACCCAAGGGAGGAAAACGGCAUUUAGGGAAAACCCGGUGGACCCGGGAAGAGGAUGAGAAGCUAAAGAAACUUGUGGAACAGAAUGGCACAGAAGAUUGGAAAGUUAUUGCCAAUUUCCUUCCUAAUCGGACAGAUGUACAGUGCCAGCAUCGGUGGCAAAAGGUACUAAAUCCAGAACUUAUCAAAGGUCCAUGGACUAAAGAAGAAGAUCAACGGGUGAUAGAGCUCGUGCAGAAGUAUGGCCCGAAGCGCUGGUCUGUCAUCGCUAAGCACUUAAAGGGAAGGAUCGGAAAACAAUGCAGGGAGCGGUGGCACAACCAUUUGAACCCAGAAGUUAAAAAAACCUCCUGGACAGAGGAAGAAGAUAGAAUCAUUUACCAAGCGCACAAGAGGCUGGGGAACAGAUGGGCAGAAAUUGCGAAGUUACUGCCUGGACGAACUGAUAAUGCUAUCAAGAACCACUGGAAUUCUACAAUGCGUCGAAAGGUUGAGCAGGAAGGUUAUCUUCAGGAGUCUUCCAAAGUCAGCCAGCCUUCACUAGCCACAAGUUUCCCGAAGAAUAACCAUUUAAUGGGCUUUGCCCAUACUCCACCUUCUGUGCAUCUGCCAACAGACACCCCAGCCCCGACUACCAACGACUACUCCUAUUAUCAUAUUUCUGAGACACAAAAUGUCUCUGCUCAUAUCCCAUAUCCAGUAGCACUUCAUGUAAAUAUUGUUAAUGUUCCUCAGCCAGCUGCUGCAGCUAUUCAGAGACACUAUAAUGAUGAAGACCCUGAGAAAGAAAAACGAAUAAAGGAAUUAGAGUUGCUACUAAUGUCGACUGAGAAUGAACUGAAAGGGCAGCAGGCAUUACCAGCACAGAAUCACACAUCAGAUUACCCAGGAUGGCACAGCACCACAAUUGCAGACAGUACCAGAACUGGUGGUAACAGUGCACCCAUUUCCUCUUUGGGGGAGCAUCAUCACUGCACUCCAUCUCCACCAGUGGACCACGGCUGCUUGCCUGAAGAAAGUGCAUCCCCGGCAAGGUGCAUGAUCGUUCACCAGAGUAACUUCCUGGAUAAUGUUAAGAAUCUCUUAGAAUUUGCAGAAACACUUCAGCUAAUAGAUUCAGAUCCUUCAUCAUGGGGUGAUCUCAGCAGUUUUGAAUUCUCUGAAGAAGCAGACACCUCGCCUAGCUGCAUUCCCUCAGGCAAAGCCCCACAGCUUCAGCAAACAGAGGCCAGUGCGUGUAGGCCCGAAGGACACUCUCUCUCAAACUUGAGCAAAACCAUGUUGAGUCAGGAUUCCCUUGUCUUGGCAAAGUCUUUGACUGGCUCAAAGUACGCCACAGCUCCGGUGGUCAUUCUGCGCACAAAGAGAGGGCAACCCAGCCACUUAGCCAGUGGUCAUAAUAAGUCCUUUAUUCUUGCUGAUGCCAGCAGCUCAACUUCUAAGCGCUCCCCUGUUAAAAGCCUGCCAUUCUCUCCCUCGCAGUUCCUGAACACCUCUUCCAGCCAAGACAGUCUGGACCUGGACAAUCCUACUUUAACCUCCACCCCCCUCUGUUCCCAUAAGGUCACUGUUACAACACCUCUUCACAGAGACCAAGCUUUUAAGACACAGAAGGAAAACAAUCUGUUCAGAACUCCAGCUAUCAAAAGAUCAAUACUGGAAAGUUCUCCAAGAACACCCACUCCAUUUAAAAAUGCAGCUGCAGCUCAAGAAUUCAAAUACGGACCCUUAAAAAUGCUGCCUCAAACGUCGACUCACCUUGUAGAUGAUCUGCAAGAUGUUAUCAAACAAGAGUCAGAUGAAUCCAGCAUUGUAUCUGGCCUACGAGAAAGUGGAUCGCCUUUGCUGAAGAAAAUCAAGCAGGAGGUGGAGUCUCCAACAGGUAAAACAGGAAACUUCUUUUGCUCAGGCAAUUGGGAAGGGGAUGGUCUGAACACACAGCUCUUCACGUAUGCGCCUGCAGUGGAAGAUAUUCCGAAUCUACUUACCAGUUCGGGUUUAAAGAUGCCUGCAUCAGAAGAAGAGGACAGCACUCAGAAAUUAUUUGCAUUACAUAAAAAUAGGUCAUCAGGUAGCCCACUUCAGCAUUUUAGCAACACGUGGGAUUCAGCAUCCUGUGGGAAGACGGAGGAUCCGCUGCCCUUCUCGGAUCCAGCACGCAAAUAUAUGAAUGCAUUCUCAACUCGAACUCUAGUCAUGUAAAAGGGUCAUCCAACAAGCAUUAUGUUUUCUUUUCAAAACACUUCCAGUUGAUUUGGAUUUACCGUUCCUCUACAUGGGAGAAAAAGCCUGUUUUUGUUGUUAUGGUACAACAUUUGGGAGCAGCACAAAGUGCAUAUAGUCACAAAAGCAUAUAUGUAUAUAUUAUUCAGGUUGGAUUUCACCCAACUUAAAAAAAAAAGAACGAAAGAGAGAUGAAUUCUGUUUAUUGAUGAUGCUUACCUAAAUUAUUAGGUAUUGUGUUUUAUGCAAUUAAUUAUUAAUAAUAUGAAUGCAGGGUGUUUUGUUUUUUUCUAAAACUACACAAUGAUUUUUUAAUGAUUUUUUUUUAAAAAAAAACACGUUUUGGGAGAUAAAAUGCACCAGUAUUAAUUCAGUGAAGAGUUGCUACAUAAGCCCGCAUGCCAGUGAAGAUGUUUUCCAAGGUUUUUCUUUUCCCUUUUUAGAGCUGGCACUCAAUCAGUAGCUUAUUCUAAAUCAUUGAACGAAUAUCUUGCUCUGAAAUACUGCAAGAAAAGCAUUACUGCAAAUGCUAAUCUCAAGGUAUAGGCUGGGGAAGGCAUGUCAUGAUUGUGAAUGCUCAUACAGCUAUGCCAUUUGAAGUACUGUUCCACUCAUUAGAGCGCUUAGACAGUUUAUAUGUGUGUGUUUUAUUGUUGUUUUUUUAAUUAGCUUGCUUUUUAAAAUUAUUACUGUAUGAAACAUAGUUUUAUGAGAACAAAUUAUAUUUUUAUUCAGUAAUUUAAUUUUGUAAAUGCCAAAUGGAUAUUAUGGAUUUUGUUCCAAUUCGUUUUGUUUUGUUGCUGCUACGACUUAUAGCAUGUAGAUGGGCCAUAGAGGUUUAUAAAGGAAUGAUAAACCUGGGGGCUGGCUAAUUUGACUAUGCACUAGCAUUUCUGACUUCUGAAAAAGGGAUUGCUUUCAUCCUUCCACCCCUUUUCACUUUUUAUGUACUUUUUACAAGCAAUACUUUGAAACACUUCUUGGGAGAUUUAAAUGUGCCUAUCUGUAUGUAUUCUCAUGGGUUUGCAACCACAUAGGAUGCAAACUUCAAGCUUUCAGGAGAACACAGAUUUGCUUGUGUCUUCUGUUUUUGUCUGAUGUUUAAAUAUUUCAUAACUUGGGGUCCAUGCACAAAUCUUUUUUUUUCUGAGGAAAAAGAAAAGGAUAGUGGUUUGGACUUCCAUAUCAAACAUUCCCUCGAUACUAAGAAACUGUUGCUUCUUGUUCUUAUUAUGGAUUCUGACUUUGCUGCCUUAAUAGAAUUAGGUGCAGCCUUGUCUGCACUUAACUUUUUAUAAUACACUGU